AUCCCCAGUAAGGAAGCUUGAAUGCAAGGAGCAGCACGGGUAAAUUAUUGAUUGGGACAGUCCUGCUAUAAAAGGAGAAGCCGCCUGGGUUCUGCUCCUUGUCUUCAAAACGCCAAGAUGAGCUACGGAUCCGACAUCUACUCUGCCUCUUCCUACCGGAAGAUCUUCGGGGACUCCACCCGCUAUUCAGCCUCUCCACCCCGGCUGAGCAGCUCUCGGAGCGGCUUUAAGUCCCAGUCCACGACCCGCUCCAGCAUCCCAAGCUCCUACAAGCGCGGCACCCGAUCUGCAUUCCCAUCUUCAUCUUUGACUCUGGAAAGCUUCGACUUCACCCAGAGCACAGCGCUUAAUAAUGAGUUCAAAAUCAUCCGCACCAACGAGAAGGAGCAGAUGCAAGGGCUCAAUGACCGUUUCGCGAUGUUCAUCGACAAAGUUCGCAAUUUGGAGCAGCACAACAAAGUGCUGGAAGCCGAACUCGUGACCCUGCGCCAGCGCCAGACAGAACCGUCCCGUCUGGCCGAACUCUACCAGCAAGAGAUCCGAGAACUGCGCUCCCAGCUCGAGGAACUUAACGCGGAGAAGAACCAGAUGAUGUUCGAGCGCGACAACAUUGAGGAAGACCUCCAGAAACUCCAGGAGAAGUUCGAGGAGGAGAUGAGAAUGCGCGAGGAGGCUGAGCAAACGCUUAAAGCUUUCAAGAAGGACGUGGACAACGCCACCAUUGUGCGCCUAGACCUGGAGAAGAAGGUCGAAGCCCUUCUGGACGAGAUCAACUUUAUAAGAAAGGUGCACGAGGAGGAGGUGAUUGAGCUCAUGAACAUGAUCCAGGCUGCCCAGGUGUCCGUGGAGAUGGAAGUGGCCAAACCCGACCUCACCUCUGCCCUCAAGGAGAUUCGCGGCCAGUACGAGGCUAUGGCGAAUAAGAACUUGCAUUCCGCUGAAGAGUGGUACAAGUCCAAGUUCACCGAUCUCAGCGAACAGGCCAACAAGAGCAACGAGGUCAUUCGCGCUAGCAGGGAAGAGCUCAAUGAGUUCAGGAGGCAGCUUCAGUCAAAGACCAUCGAGAUCGAGAGCCUAAGGAGCACCAACGAAUCGCUGGAAAGGCAGAUUCAUGAGAUGGAGGACACGCACAAUGCAGAGGUCAUGGGCUACCAGGACACUAUUGGCCAGUUGGAUAAUGAGCUGAGGACCACUAAGAGUGAGAUGGCCCGUCACCUUAGGGAGUACCAAGACCUGCUGAAUGUCAAGAUGGCGCUUGACAUAGAAAUCGCUGCUUACAGGAAACUGUUGGAAGGGGAAGAGACACGUAUCAGCACCGGGAUCACCUACCCCAGCCCCACCUCAGGGUCCAGCUACAGCUACCAGUCCCGUAUGUACAGCAGCUCUAGCGUUAGCGGAAAGAAGGAGGUCAAGGAUGAUGAUGACAAACAUCAGCAGAGCAGCAAACCCGGCAAAGGCUCCUCCCAGUCUGACGACUCCAAGAAGAGUGACAAGAUCGACUCUGGAGACGUGAACCCCACCAACCAGAAAAACUAAACAUCUCAACCCUCUUUCUUUCUUCCUCUCCUCCCUCUGCCUUCUCCAUUACCCUCUUUUCCAUUUUCCCAAGCAUCUCCCCUCCACACAGGGGGUCUUAGAGAGGAAUCUAGCAUACUCACUACUCAAUACACACUCUUUGAUGCAUAUAUUCUCUGUCUCCAGUGAGUCUUAUUGUCACUAAACUGCACUUAAACAGGCUUCUCUCAGCACAUUGCGUUAAGAAAAUGUCUCUGUGUUAAGCUUUGGUGAAGGUAGCUUGUUGUGCUGCAGUGCAAAGCCAGCAUUAAACUUGACUUGCAAUAAUAUUUUCUGUUUUACAAUAUAAGCUGUGAAGAAAACUAGUUAUUGUUGUAUUUGAACCAUGCCAGUACUAGUAAAAAUGGCAUAUGGGAGUACCAUUGCAUCAGAAUUGUAUCUCCAGUUAACUUCUUGGCAUGCUCAUAAUGCAUUCUUGGCAAAAACAAAUAAAUAAAGAUCUGAAACUAACAUGCAUAGUUUCAAAAACACA